CAGGGUCUGGUACUACUCGCUCACAUAGCUAAUAAUUUUAACUUGCACUACAAAAUGCUUUGUGGAGUGAAUCGACUGAGUUUGGAAAGAAUUUCUGCCCGGUGCAUUUUGUCGAGGCAUCUGUCAAGUGCACAGACCAAAGCAGCCCUAAAACCAUUUUACUUUGCAGUUCAUCCUGAUCUUUUUGGCCAGUAUCCAAUGCAGAGGUCAAUAAAUGAAGAUUCCUUGAAGAGGUUGAACUCAUACCUGGAAGAUCUGCAGAAGAAAAAUCCUGUGAAUCCCACUCACUUGAUGUUCUAUUUAAAAAAUGAUACAGCAACACCACCACUUGAAGAGGGGCUGGAUCUCUUCAAGACAGUAAGAGUUUCACUUUUCUCUCGUGAUGUCCAGUUCACCAUCAGUCACAUUUUAAAGACCUGUGGUAUGUUGGAAGAUCUGGUUACUCUGCACCAGAACAGUGAAAAACCUAAGGUGUCAGUUGCACUUCCCUAUGAUGCACCACAUCACUGGCUUAACGUUUAUAAACAGUUCAGUGACAGGCAGAGCCCUGUGGACCUUGCUCAAUUGCAGAGAAACUCACGACUCUCUUUGAGAGACUUCCUUGACAAGAACAUCCAAGAUGCCAGGGGAAAACAAGAAAGUAGUAAAUCUGUCAUAGAGGAGAGUAAACUGCUUUCUGAUAAGAUAUGUAAAGAACUCAGGUUGAACAAGCUGGAGUCAAUCAGUGGCUGGAGUCAUGCAUCCUAUCAUGGCUCCCUUAAAAACUUUUGGAACCUUUGCUUGUCCAAGAAGUCUGAACUUCAGAAUCUCAAGGGACAUACAAUAAUUUUUACAGACUGGACAGGAGUUGAUCCUCUUGGGCGUGUCAUGUUGAAUACUCAAGAUGUCCCAGAAUUUUGGCUCUCGAACUUAACAUCCUUGGAAGACUAUGACGUUCUUGUUGAUCAGGUACCCAUGUGGGAGAGAAAACUAUCCUCAUUACUUGGAGACAUGAACAUCAAGUAUGAUGAAGAUUCACCUUCUGUCUCAGUUGUGGAAUAUCUAAACUACCUGUACCGAGUGGUUUCCUUGCUGAAAAAAGGAUUACUCGGAGCUGAUGCUUCAACAACCAUUCAGCCAGGGGAAUUUAAAGAGUGUACUGCAAGAAUCCUGAGCCCUUCAGAUGCACUCAGCUUGUCACUUAGUGGUGAGUUCCAAAUACCAACUUCAAUUCCAACAGAGUUAAUUGUGGAUUUUUUGGGAAAGCACAAACAGAAGGCUAUGGACCUCCAUGAAGAGAACAAAAAGAACAUAUUAACAGAGGAGCAAGCAGUCCAGUCAUGUAAAGAGAAAUUUCAGUUCUCCUCUCUGUCUAAAGACAGCUCUGUUUCACCAAUGCAGAUGAGUGACUGCUGUGAGAGACUUCUUGAGGAAGAUUACCCUGAUCUUAAAAAUACAACCCUCAUUGUUUCUAAAUAUUACCAUGUUAAUGAAGAUGGUCAAAUCAGUAUUCCAUGGAACUGGAAGUGAAUCUCUUACUUGGAUGGGAGACAUAUUUGUUUUCAUUUUGCCCUUUUUCUCUCAGGAGUGUCCAAAAUGGAAAUUGCUACAUACAAUUAUUAUAAAUAUGUUAUUCUCGAGACAGGCAAUAACUAGAGAAUUUGUAAUGCAGUCAAUUAAGUAUCCCCUAAUUGACAGAUCUCUUUAUUCUCACCUCUUGUCUUCUUGAUAUUGUAGUGAUAUGGCUGGGAGAAAUUCAUUCUUGGUAACUCAUGGUGGUUGAAGUUUUAAUUUAAACUAGCAGAUAAAAUUAUAAGGGCUGAAAUAAUGAUAAAUUUAUGGCUGAUAGAUGGAUCUUGGGAGUGAAAGGGUAAAUGCAGGACAAUUUCUGACUCUAUUUUCAUCUGUAUAAAAAUAAAUAAACUAAUGUAUUAAAUAAUGACUGAUAAGUCAUAUUAUUUUUAAGGGCCUAUAUACACAUAUAAAACACCUUAGACAGUGUAAGUGAGUGAUGUGGGUUUGAUAGUAAGUAAUGAAUCAAUGGAUGGAGAAAUGUGACUUAUUAAUAUAAAUUCUGUAAAUAUUGAUGGGAAAAUGUAUUAAAUUUAAAUGAUAAUAUCCUCCUUGUAAGUUAAGGGAAUUUUCAAUCAUACAAAAGGAUGGAGUUUUAACUUAAGGAUUCACGAUUGAGUCUUACGUGUGGUAAAUAUUUGUGGUAGAUAUUAUUUAUUAUGAAUCCAGUGAAUACUGAACUGAUAAGUAUUCUAGAAGUAUGCUCUGUAAGUUAAUGUUAGACAUUUUAAGUUAUACAACUUUUUGAUAAUUAUUAUUAGAUGUGAAAGAGUAGUUUUGAUAAGUGGUUCAUAUGCACUUUUUUUUUAAGGUUUGGAUGCAGUAAAUAUUGGAAAAUGCUAAGUAAGAAUUGAUUAACAUUCAAAUUACCUCCUCAAGACCCUAACAAUUCUGGAACAUAUAUUUUUAAAACUGAUCUCAGUUAAUUUACACAUGUCAUGUCCUAUUUUUAUAAUUGUCAUACUGUGACAGUAUUGGAGGAUGAACAAUUUAAACCAGCAUUUGCUUAGUUUAAAAUUUCUUUUUGGUUUUUUUUCCUUUGUGUGAACCAAAUCAUCUUAGGACCCCCUGGGAGCCCACAGAGAGCAGCUGCAUCUAUUUUGGUUUAAUUUGAUUUCAGGGCCCUUUCCUGCUGAGUUUUAAUUAUUUCUUGGGUUCUAUAAUAUCACCUGUAGUCAUAGCUUUCAUUUGAUGGAGGUACAAAGUUUAUUUUCAUUUCAGUUUCCUGGAGUAAACAGUUGUUGUUCAAACAUGGAGAAAUCUUAUUUUAUUAAUAACAAUAUAUUACUAUAAAUUAUCAUUAUUUAUUCUAAUAGUUAAAAUAGGAUUACUGAUACUUAUUUAAUGGUUAUGUGCUAAUCAAUUCUGUAAGCUUCAACAUUCCCCUCGUGCCAUGGGCAACCCACAGGCAUUUGACCAUUAUCUGUGCCAAGGGGGUGGAAUAUUUGAACCUUGCCUUGAGAGGGUGGGGAAUUUGAACCAGAGGUGUCAAGUCUUUUGAGCAGAAUCUAAGUUUUACAUAUUUAAAUAUAGAGGUGUUUAUGGCAAAUAGUUCACUCUCAUGGGCAAAUGGUUCUAAAGAAAAGGUUUACAAGGUCUAGGUUUUAGAGCUUGGUUAAUGUUUAGAGAGUCACAGUUGCUGAUUUUGCCUUUUAACAACAACAACAACAAAAAUUGGGCCGAGCAUUUGACCACAAUUGUGAAGACAACUAAAAUUUCUCUCAACAGGAAAUCUCCUCACAAAGUUGCUCACCUCAAAAAAGACACUUUCUGAUUGCUCAUUAAACCCUUAAAUCUUUCCCUUGGGGAUAUAACAUGUUAUUUUAUUCAUGGUUUACCUUUUUCAUAAGUACUUUAAAUGUAUAAAAUGAAGGUUCAAUAAAGAGUUCCCAAUUCUUUUUUUUGUUAGAA